ACUCAUCUCAUUCCCUCAUACCUCCUUAUCUUUCUCAUAACUGUCUCACACUUGUGUUGGAAAGCAAAACAUUCUCAUCUGAUAGCAACUUUGUCCCCGUUUUCAACAACAAAAAGUGUUCUAGUGCAGUUAUAGUGCAAGAAAUCUUGCUGGAGGCUGGUCAUGUGACCUAUCAGACUUUCAUCACUCAGAGAGAGAGAGAUCUCUAGAGCUGUUUCGAUGUUGGGUCGUAUCAUGUUGACACAAUUGCUCUUUUGUGUGAAUUACUGGGCAACCGUUUGUGUGAAUUACUGGGCAACCAUUUGUGUUCUCUUUUCCUCUUUCCUAUGCCAGUCAACGACACUUGCUGUUUGGCAUCUUUCGGUCUUGACACAUUGCUAGAGAAGACGGGGGACAGACCAACUGGUGGCGAUCAAUGCUCGUCAUCUAACGUCACCAGUUUACAAUCGAAAUCGCUCUUACGUCCACUCUAUUGUGCUUAUAAUCAGAAAGUGUGGGGGCCAGCAAGGGCGCCUGAAGGUCGCUCACACAGAACAAACUUCAACUGCUAACUCGUAUUACGUUGCUCAUUUGCCACCCGUCACAAGCUGGCAACAGGAUGAGUUACAGGCCUGGGAAAAGCUGCAUGACUGGCAACAGUUCUAAGACUAAGACUAAGACUAAGACUAAGACCAAGACUAAGACUGAUCACAGCUCAGCACCUGAAAACAGAUCUACGCCCGAGAAUGAAUCUCAACUUGCACCAAAUUCCGACAAGUUGCCAUCCAAAGACAAAGGGACAGUCAAAACGGGACGACCGGGAGUCCAAAUCCGCACCCACCAUACCUACCCCUACCCAUCAGCCAGAAUAUCAAGAGCCAUCAAGUAUAUUGACCAAGUGGCUGACGAGUGGCAGCGGCGCCAGCAGUACCAAGAUGCCUUACUGGUACAGAAACAAUUAGGCAUCACCAGUGGAGUCUUCACAGGCGGCCUGGUGCCUUCACUCAAUAAAUCAACGAGAAUGCUUACAAUCAACGGCCAUGCUGCUGCUAUUGGAAGUAAACAAAAAUCGAAAGCCAAUCAAAGGCCAUUCGGGAGGGCACCGAAAGGAGCAACUAAAGCAACCGCGUCAUCCAAACCAAGCAAAGACUCACACGAAAAAGAAUCAGUUAGCCAUCAAUCGGAUGCAGACGACGAGGAUUCGGAUGCAAAUUCAAAAGAAGGCGACAGCAAUGACAACGAGUAAGCGCAACUAACGAAGGACAUUCGACCUCAACUGCAGUCUGGACGUUCCAAUUUUAGGAUUAAAAACAGAGAUUACAUGUGAAGUCCAUUCGGGCACAUUUUAGAUUAUAUUGUAGUCACGAGAAAAGCGAGGGUUCACUGUCUGUCGUCAACGUCUAAUGCAACUAUUCAAAUCAUAUUUAGUACCAACAGCAUGUUGUGCUAGCAUUUUAUUUUUUAACUCUAUUUCAGUAGUUUAUGGGAGUCACUGAGCAUUAUGUGAAGGACAUAAGAUGUGUGUA